AUGAGACCAAACAAAGUUGAGCGCCGAAAGGAGUUGGAGUGCGCCAUCGCGCUGCGGCAGAAAGAGAUGGAGGAACUGCAGCGCCGAAAGUCGGAACUCGAAGAGGCGUUAAGUAUGCGCUCCGGGGCCCUCGCGGCCGGCGAUCUCGCAGCGGCGUUCCCAGUGCUCGACUACUGUGGGGCCAGGCCGCGGAAGGAUGUGCGGCAGCUUCCAAUCGAACACGUGGGGACGGUGAUGACUCAGUUUGACAUUGCGUUAAAGGCCAUCACACAGUAUAACCACUCUCUUCAACAGCAGAUUGAUGAACUCAAUCGUCGCAUCAAGACAGAGGGGCAGCGCUGUGCGAAGGUGAAACAAAAUACAAAGUUGCUGGCUGAUACUACUGGGUGUCAAGUUGGAACAACUAAUGAUGUAAAUGGGAACAAAUUACUCAAUAACGAUGGUGAGGAGGUCACAGUUCAAGAAUUGGAGAGAAGGAAAGCUAUCAUUGAGAGAGAAAUCAAGGCAGGACAACUGCUUAUAAAAAAGAAAGAGAAGGCUAUUCUAAGUAUGUCCGACAUGCUACAAGAACGUCAGGAAAUUCUUGAUGAAAUCAACGCAUUAAAUAACGAAAUACGUGUCACGGAACGUGAUACAAGGUGUGAAGAAGAAGCUUUACAGGAACUUAAUGCUGAACACGCCGCUCUUGAUGCGAAACUUAAUGCUGCAAUGCAGGUAAAUGUUUCCAGUUCACGCCAGAUUAUUCAAAAAGGUAUUGAAGCUAUAAAGGAUGAAAUUGAUGAAACAGUAAACGGCACACGUCGUGGACAAGAAAGAGUUAUUAAGGCUCAAGACUACCGUAUUGAACAGCUUGAACGUCGUUUAGAAUGUAUUCAGAAAGCGCUUCAGAAUAACAAUCUUGUGCGAGAGGUGGAUUCACUUCUCUCACGGAACUGGGAAUCAAAUGGUGAACUGGUUCUUGUUGAUUCUGAGGCAGAUAUGUAUGACUUAGAAAAAAUCAUUCCAGCACAGGAAAAAUGCCAUCCUGUUAUAUAUAAGUUGCUUCUCGCAGAGGAGGAAAGACUUUCACGACGCAUUGAAACUCUGAACACCAUUGUAAAGGAAAAGGAAGAUGUGAUUGAUGCUCUUGCAUGUAAGGUUGAAGCAUUGUCGCGGGAGUGCCAAAAAGCCAUUCAGGAACUUGACCAACUUGCUUCAGGGGCUGCAUAUGAAGAAGAAAAACAACGAAUAAAGGCCAUGGAGUACAUCCAAGAACAGCGUCUGCACUACUCUGAUCUUUUCUUUGAAAGGCAGAAACUAAAGUCAAAGGCCCUUGCAACUUCACGGAAGGCCAUAUGCAAGUAG